CUCCCGUCCUCCGUUUUCUAUAAAAAUGACGUCACCUCACUGUGAAAUCAUCUUCGUAUCCUACCCCUCCUCAAAUUCUAUAUUUGCCUUUGACCUCGCCAGCGGCUCCCUCCUUGCCCACCUCUCUGGCUGCCCCUCUCCUCACUUUCUUAUCCCUCUUGCAGGAAAAUCACCUUUGCAGGCCGGAAAACCACUCUUAGUAGCCGCCUCUUCAACUGAAACUACUCAUAUAUUUGUAUGGUCAUGGUCUUCUCCCGCCCCUUCCUUCUCUUUUCCCACUCCAGAGCCGGUACUCUCUAUGGCUGCCACCUGCGAUGGCCAGUACCUCUUCUCCGGUGGCUUCUCUGGCCAAAUUCACUCAUUUAGCACCGGAAAACUGCUCCGCUCCUUUUUUGCUCAUCGCUCUCCUGUAACCCACCUCGUUGUCUCGGAUGAUGACUCUCUACUUGUGUCCGCGGCCAAGGAUGGCUCAGUCUCCGUUUGGCCCCUAAUCCGUGUUCUUGAUUUCUCUUGCGACUCCACUGCUUUUCCCGGCCAGUUUGCCACUUUAUCUGGUGGUCCGAACGGUGACCCAGGGUGUUUCCCGACGAGAUUUGGUGGUUUCCCGGCUAGAAUGUCGGCAGUUUCCGGCCUGUCAGUGGGCCCCGGUGCCUUGGCGGUCACGUCAUGGGCGGAUGGAACAUGCGCCACCUGGAGCAUGAUGGACGCUUCAUGUGUCCAUCUCUUUGUACUCCCAUGCACAACCAUGUGUCUUGCAGUGGACCCCAUUGGAAACAUGUUCUACGCCGGUGGACCCCAAGGUAGGGUGUACGCCGCACCAUUCAUGUGUCAUCCUGCUAAGGUGGCAGCGGCAGCGGGGCCCAUACGUGCUGAAGAUGUGUCACUGGUGGUUGCGGGGAGUGUGCAUGACUGUGACGUGGCGGCCUUGGCGGUGGGACCCCGCAGGAACCUUGUUUGCAGGUCUCGCGAUGGGAAUCUGAGGGUUUUGGACCUUGGGAAUGGGGACAUCUUGUUGGAAGUUGGGCCCGUCAUGGGCCCUGUUGCUGACGUAGCAGUGGCCUCCAAUUCAGGGCAGUUUUCAAGUGCCUUAAAGCAGUUUCCCGACAGCGAGGAGGGAUUUACGAGUGACACGAGGCGGUUUUCUAGGGACGUGGUGGAGAUGGAAGAAUGGUUGAAGGUGGUGGAGGAUGAUCGGCGGAGGGGGUUGGAUUGCUUGGAGAGAGCGAUUGGAACGUACGAGAGGAUUCUCAAUCUUUUCCUCAAGGAAGCCUCUUCUUCUUCAUCGUCUUCCUCAAGUUUGGUACCAAAAUAAUAACUGUACACAAUAGUAUCGUUUAUCUAGGUUAAGUGCCAA